AUGCCACCUCAACGGGAAAUUGACUUCACGAUUGAAUUGGUACCGGGGACUGGACCGAUUUCUAAGGCCCCUUAUCGUAUGGCUCCAAAAGAGAUGGAGGAGUUGAAGUCUCAACUGGAAGAAUUAAUAGCUGAAGGGGAUAUACAUAAAACCGCAUUCAGAACACGUUAUGGACAUUAUGAGUUCACAGUGAUGCCGUUUGGGUUGACAAAUGCUCCAGCCGCGUUCAUGUGCUUAAUGAACCAAGUGUUUAGUGCAUACUUGGAUAAAUUCGUCGUUAUCUUUAUCGAUGAUAUAUUGGUCUAUUCGAAAGACCGAGAAGAACAUCAGGAACAUCUACGAUUUGUCCUGCAAACCCUGCGAGAAAAUAAGUUGUACGCGAAGUUGUCAAAGUGUGAAUUUUGGUUGGAUAAGGUAUCGUUUUUGGGUCAUUUUGUCUCUAAGGAAGGUAUUUCGGUGGACCCGGUAAAAGUGGAGGCAGUUCGAAGUUGGCCGACACCUAAGAACGUCACCGAGGUACGAAGUUUCCUAGGUUUUGCCGGGUAUUAUCGUCGUUUUGUUAAGGAUUUUUCGCGUAUUGCUCGGCCCAUGACCUCGUUAAUGAAGAAAGAGAAGAAGUUCCAAUGGACGGAUGAAUGUGAACAGGCCUUCAUGACUUUGAAGGAAAGGUUAACUACGGCUCCUGUUCUUACUCUACCUGACCCUAAGUUGGAUUAUACUGUUUACAGUGACGCGUCGAAGAAAGGGUUGGGUUGUGUUCUGAUGCAGGACCGUAAGGUGAUUGCUUAUGCAUCUCGACAACUGAAGGUACAUGAAGUUAAUUAUCCGACCCAUGAUCUGGAAUUAGCCGCUAUAGUUUUCGCUCUCAAGAUAUGGCGGCAUUACUUGUAUGGCGUUAAGUGUAGGAUUUACACUGAUCAUCAGAGUCUGAAAUACCUCUAUACCCAACCUGACUUAAAUAUGCGACAACGUCGGUGGUUAGAGUUGAUGACAGAUUAUGACCUGGAGUUCAUAUAUCACGAAGGGCGAGCGAACUUGCAGGCAUUGGGUACAACAUUGCUCCAUAGUACGUCGUUUCAUCCGCAGACGGAUGGACAGACAGAACGAACGAAUCAGAUAUUGGAGGAUAUGUUGCGCGCAAUUGCCAUGGAGUGGCAAGGGUCUUGGGAUGAACAUUUGGAUCUAAUGAAAGAGAAGGUAAGAUUGAUAAGGGAUCGGUUGAAAGCGGCACAGGAUCGCCAAAAGUCGUAUGCUGAUUUGAAACGACGACCAGAGGAGUUCACCGUGGGAGAACAGGUGUUACUUCGCGUAUCACCCUUGCGCGGAGUAGUACGUUUUGGUGCUCGGGGAAAGUUGAGCCCUCGGUUCAUAGGGCCUUAUGAAGUUUUGGAACGUGUGGCCACUCAUGUAUUAGAUCCCGAACCUUUGGAUUUGGAUGCAUCUUUGUCUUACCCUGAGCAACCGAUUCGAAUCUUGGACAAGAAGGUCCGUAGCACUCGACGGAAGGAUAUAGUUAUGGUAAAAGUUCUGUGGUCGAAUCAUGAGCAGUUUAACGUGUUCUUGGAGCAUUCAAUCCCAUAUUUGCAUCAACUUGGUAUCAGAGCCUACGUUCUGAGUAGGGACCAGAUCAAAGGGGUACGUAUUCAAUUCUUUCUCGUCAAUAAUUCGUUUAUGAUUGAGAAUUACAGAAUAUAUUUGAGUUCUAUUUGUAAACAAUUGAAUAUUUCGUUUGUCCUGAAAAAAAUUGAUAAACAUAAUUCGAUUUGCAAAAUUUGUUCUGAAAAAUUAGGGUUUAGCGUCUGUGCCUUUGUUUUUGUUUCUGAAAAUCUAUUGCCUGCAAGGUUCUGGUAUUGUUGUGAUAAGGAUAAGAUGAAUACUGAUGAGAGGUUUGCUGAGAUGGCCUUGGCUAUCCAACAGCUUGCACACACAGUAGCUAGGUUAGAGGUGAACCAACAAGAGAGGGUUAUACCUGUGCACAAUCAUGAAAGAAACACUGAGGACUGA